AUGGCGUGCCACGCUCCGAAUCCGACGGCUCUCUGCCCGCGGCUGCGCGAGUGGGCGGAGAAGCGUCAUCUCGCCGUCGCCAUCCCGUCUCCGCCAGACUGCAUUUCCGACUUCCCCGACGAGCACCACUCCUCGCCAUCGCUGCACGAGCACCGCCGCCUCCUGCUCGGCUCCCGCUGCGGCACUCCGCGUUUCCUCUUCCGCCACGCUUUCUCCGCUUCCGCAACUUCCGCCGCUUCCGCAACCUCCGCCGCUUCCGCAACCUCCGCCGCUUCCGCCACUUCUUCCCCGCGCCCGUCUGCCGUCCGUUCCGCCACGUGCCAACCCGCGGCCUCAGCGCCUAUUUAUCAUGUCCCAGCAGCCGAACGGUCGUAUACGUCUCCCCCCGAAUUUUGCGCUCCCAGCGGGGAAACUUACUCCCCAAGCAGCAGCCCCGUUUCGCGCGAAACGACGGCGCGUUCGCUAUCCUGUCUCGACGACGCGGCGCCAUCUCCCUCCGUGAAGUUUCCCAGAAGCUGCUCCGAUUCUGGCACCGGCCGUUUGAUGAAACUGGCGCGAUGCGAUCUUCUGGGCUCGCGCUGCGGCACGCCGAGGCGCGCCACCAGCGCGGAUCCGCGGGCUUUUCACCGCCGAGCGCGCAGUGUGACGUGGGACCUCCCGCGAGACGAAAUCCCCUUCUCGCACUCCAACCCCGUCCCCUCCCGCGGGUGUCUCCGCCUGCUGCGCGCGGACCUGCUGGGGUCGAAACGCGGAACGCCCAAGUCCCGCGCGCCUGCGGAGCCAGAAGCCAUAUGGAGCGUGUAA